AAACCUCAAACCAAAACAAUUAUAUAUAAAGAAAUUAAUUAAUACUAAUUAAUAUACUUAAUCAAUGGCGCCCGAAGGCAUUCUUAGGCUUCCUAUUAUUGAUUUUUCAGUUGAAGAGGGGCUGAAACCAGGUACACCCGAGUGGAACACCGUAAGGACCCAAGUCCGCGAAGCACUGGAAGAAUUUGGUUGUUUCGAAGCAAAGUUCGAUAAAAUACCAAUAGACAUUGGAAAGGCCUUAUUAUUUGAUGCAAUAGAAGAGGUUUUCGAUCUUCCUUUACAAACCAAACAACGAAACGUUUCAAAUAAACUGUUUCAUGGCUAUGUGGGCCAACUACCACUUGUGCCUUUGUAUGAAAGCAUCCCAAUCUACGAUUCCCAUAUUCCUGAAAAUGUUGAGAUUUUCACUUCUACUUUAUGGCCCAAUAAUGGAAAUCCAACUUUUAGUGAAACUAUUCAAUCUUAUUCUGAACAAUUAUCUGAGUUGGAUGGAAUGAUAAGAAGGAUGAUUUUGGAGAGUUUGGGUGUUGAAAAAUAUUUGGAGGAACACAUGGACUCUUCCAACUACGUUCUUCAAUUGAUGAAAUAUAAGGGGCCUGAAAGCAAUGAGACCAAGUUGGGUUUGAGUGCUCACACAGAUAAAAAUAUUGUCACUAUUUUGAAUCAGAACCAAGUUGAGGGGUUAGAGAUCCAAACCAAAGAUGGUCAAUGGUUUACUGUCAAACCCUCAUCUUCUACCUCUUUCAUCGUCGUGAUCGGAAAUUCUCUUUACGCAUGGGCAAAUGGUAGAUUACACUGUGCAACUCACAGAGUAAUGAUGAAAGGAAAUGAGGCAAGGUACUCAGCAGGAUUGUUUUCGAUGCCAAAAGCAGGUUACAUGGUAAAAGCCCCAGAAGAGCUUGUUGAUGAAGACCAUCCUUUGUUGUUCAAACCCUUUGACUAUUACCGAUUCCUUGACUUUUUUUAUUCCAAUAUGGCUACUCGAACAGCAGCCCCAAACGAUCUUCACUCCUAUUGUGGCCUCUCAAUCUCAUCCAGUGAUCCACAAUAAUCCCUUUAUACAAAUUAUUAUUUAUGUACUGUCGUUUUGCUUUUGUAUUAGUUAUCUUCUCCACAACAUGUGCUACAUAUAUAUUACCCAUAUAUGUACUUUUAUGUUAGAUUUCAAUAUAUCUUAUUAUGUUAUCUCCAAAUUAGUGUGUUCUAUCUGUUCUGUCAAUUAUUUUAGUGCAUAUUAUUUAUAUCAAUUUGAUAUAUAAUAAAUUCGUUAACAAACUAUAAACUAAAUUAUUACAUGAAAAAUAGAUAUAAAUAAUGUGUUCUAAAACAA